AGAAUGGAUGUGGUGGGAAGGCACCAAACAGACAUGGCUCAAAGACACUCAAACCACAUCCUGAGUCACGCCGCUGAUAAUGACGCCUUCGCUGUGAGGAACCUGAAAAUGUUCCCCUAAACGUACUCACACAGUCAGUGCUGCAUCGGGGACUCUGUUGGCUUGGUGGCUGAUUAGCUGGCACAGUUGUGAAUUUAAAGAAGAGGCUGAUAACUGUGGGUCGUCCCCAUGGCUCUGAAAACUGUGCACCUGUUGUCGCUGUGGGGCCUCACUCUGUUUGUUCACGGAGGAACUUCAUUCUGCAAUGUCACCUGCUCCACGGACUACAAUGUCACAGUGAACUGUUCCUGCUCGGCUCCUUUGACGACAUAUUCUGUCAUGGUUCAAGUCAGCUGCAGUGAUGGUUACGGACUCUACGCCAACAGCAGCUGUGAAGUUAAACCGCCUCAGUCCUGGUGCGUCAUGUAUCCUGAAGAUCUCGAAGAUGUUGCCUUCAUCGGGACAAUGUGUACGGCGACCGUCACCCAACAAGAUAGUCAAGGUGUAGUGAAGGGCAUGGAGUCAUCUGUCUGGGAACUGAGUCAUGUUGUGAAAGCUCUGCCUCCUUUGGAUGUCCACGUGACAAACAGUGGCAGAUUUUACAACAUCACCUGGGACCACAACGACAGAGAAAACAGCCUCACAUACAGAGUGCGUGUGAGAGAGAGCAGGAACUUGUCAGAGGAUGCUGCUCUGGUAUACUUAGUGGAAGGAAAGCACAAACUGUUAGAGCACAUGAAGCUGAGGCCACAUGUGAACUACACUGUGGAUGUGGCAGCCAAAAUGUGUCCUGAGAAUCUGUACUGGGGUCCGUGGAGCGAGUGGAGCUCCUCUGCAGAAUGGACGACUACAGGAAGCUCAGCGGUAGAGUUCAAAGGAAUGAAUAAAACUUGGUUGUUUUCCCUCCUGUCCAUCGUUGCUGUCCUUGGAGUCGUGGUCUAUUCACAGAAAACAUAUUUGCAGAAGAAGCUCCACCUGAUCACAUACAUCCCCACACCGCAGGAGUUCUUCAAGCCCCUCUACCACAACUAUGAAGGGAACUUUAAGGACUGGGUGAAACCUGUAUUCAGCGAGAACGAUUUCAUAAGCAUCAACUCACAUGUUCAGAGGAAAAGCGAGAAGCAGCCUGAUGUCCUCCAGUGGAAGAAUGAGAAACGAAGCUACAGCGAGGACGAGAUCAAACAAGGUGGUCAUCAUUUCCUCCACAUGAUGCAGCCUCACAACAACCCCCUGCUGUUCGUCCAGGCCGCUGGUAGUUCUCAGAGCUCAGGUCACUCCAGUGGACACAUCUCCAUCCACACCGUAACCUUGUCUGGAGAAGGAGAGUUUGAGGAGGAAGUUAGGUCAAGGAACUCUGAAAACACCCUCAGAAGUUACCGAGAUGGAGAAAGCUUUACUUCAUUUGAAGACGACAACAGAGAACUUGCUGGCUACAAUUUAGAAGAGCUUCGGUUGUCCAGGUUGGAUGGACAUAGUGGGAUGUUACCUCAGCUUGAUAAUCAAAUAUCCAAUGACAUAUCAUCAGAAAAUUCAAACUUUGAGCCACAUGCCAUGAUUAAUGAACCAGAGAGGUUAUCACUCGACUCGUUCGUCUCACAGGAGCAGUCAGAAGACGGCUACCCUCACGUGGACCUGGACACUGUCGACAGUGGGUUUGGAGAGUGCAGCAGCCCUGGAGCCUCAGACUCAAACAUGGCAGGGCAGAUGGAUUUAUUUCAGGAGCACAAAAACUCAAAUUCCAACUAUGUCAAGCAGUGGAUGAUAUGUAGCACUAUUCAGGAAGACUCAAACAACACAGAGCAGGCUUCCUGAAACCCAAUGAUACAUGUUGUAUCACUUUUUUUCUGUGAAUAAUGUCAUAUUCAAAGGUUUUACAAUUUGUACGAUAUAUGUAUAUAGCAAGAUUUCUUUGUUUGGUUUUGUGAUACAUUUUUUAUUUAGAAAUGUACAAAGAAAUAACAUCAUACAUUACACAUUUUUUCCCUUUUCUCCCCCCGACCCCGUAGAGAUCACACGUAGUACAUGUACAAAAGUGGAUUUGUGAAAACAUUACCCACAUCAUCCCUAUGGCGACCCCACAUACCCACAUAUCCCCACCCUGGAUCGUCAUCUAUCAUGAAGAUCCUUUACUUACUAUUUUUGAAUGUUUCAAUUGGAUGCAUAAAGGUUUAUUUUGCUUCUUUCAUCGAUGUACUUCUUGAGAAAAUCUAUAAUUCAUAACUCUCGCACUUCAGACUGGAUCGACCUGGGUUCAAAAUGUUGCAGUGGUUUGUACAUCUGCAUGAUGUUUUUUGUUUUAUCUCUGUUUACACAGCUUCAUAUUGUCAUGGUCAUGCAGGCUUCGUCUGCUUGUACUGUAGCACCAGCAAGCUUGCUGCCUUAUCAAGAUGUCUGAUAAUGCCUGUUCUCCUUGCUUGUGCGUAUUUUCAGUAACCACUGUAAUCACCCGUCCUGUUUUUGUGAAAUGUCAGUAAAAAGAGCAAACUUA